AUGAUCAUAAACAACCUCAAGCUACUUGAUACUGAGUUCAAUGGACUACUCACUCAACUUGAUCGUGUUCUUGACAAAAUUGAGACAGAACUUUCUGUUGAGGACCGCAUGGUAUACUUCAAGCGUUUGUGUCCGCCUGCGAUGUCCACACUUCACAGACUAUUCAGCAUCAGACGUCAAAUAGAACAAAAAGAGGCAGCCAACGGUGCGUCUCAAGACAACGAAUAUUCUACUCAGAGCAGCAUCGAGAACCACUUGCUAUUUAUUUCAGACCAUGCAUCACCACCUGACCCUACCAGCAAAAGGCAGCAAUGCGAAGGUUGUGGUGGCCUAUCUACCAAGAGCAAGGAAGCUAGCACGAGCAACGACGAAUCCAGCAAUAACGACGACCAAUCCUGCAACGACGAUGACGUAUCCAGUAAUAACGAUGACGUAUCUAGCAAUAACGAUGUCGAAUCUAUCAAUAGUGACAAGUCUAAAAAAGCUCAAAGAAACUCCCAUCAUCGUGACCUGGACAACACAAAUUUUACAAAUCGCCGAGUGUCAAUAUCGCCUAGGCUUCAGGAAGUUUUCUCGCAGUGCAUGAGAGAUCCGCGGGAUAUUUACAGUAAAAUUCGCCGGAAUUCUACUCAAACGGCCGGUGGGUUGCCGUCGGCAUUCCUCGAGAUUUAUGAAAGAGGAGAAUAUGCCGAGCUGUUUGCACUGUACCGUCGAUUCGAACUGCGUAACUUUUACCUCCUGGCAGUUGAUCUGGACUACCACACAGGAGAAAGAUGGUGCAGGAACGCGUCUUCCGAUCUCGCCACACAGAUAAAAAGCCAGAGACCGUCACUAGGAUUGGGCCAAGAUGAACUCAAGGAGUACCUGAAUAAGUUCGUUAGGCUUGGCCGGAAGUAUGAUAGAUGGGCGACGGAAUUAGGUGGUCCAGGUUAUUUGCUUGCGAUGCCUUUGGACAUCACGGAGAGAGAGUAUACGGACAGGCAUUUUACAAAAUGCAUUCCCCCUGCGAUCAGCAAAUUUCGUGAAGAUGGUAUUGAUGAGAUUGUGACGGAAAAUGGGUUUGACCAAUUGGGCGAUUUCAUCUCCAAUGAUCUGUGGACUCAGUUUCGGCCGCCACAAAAUUCUCUUAGGCGACGUCUAACCACAUCCGCGAAAAGAAGUAAAAAAAAGAGAGAAAGAAGCCAGAUCCAAAUCGAAGACGAUGAAAGUGAAGCCAAUAGGCAGAAUUCGAGCAAGGCCCGCAGACUCGAAUAUCGGAGGUCUUUUGAGGAUUUGCAGUGUUCAACCCUGGAAGUUACACCACAAGCAGUCGAAGAGAGUGACUCUCUGUUUUUCGGCAUCCCGGUCAAUACCCCAAAAGAUCAAUCAGCACUAAUGUCAUUCUCAAGUCAUUCCGACGCGCUAGAUCUGAUGGCAUCGAUUGAUCCUGAGGCACGCGCAGACUUCCCGGACGCGCUGGAUCUGAUGGCAUCGAUCGAUCCCGAGGCACGCGCAGACUUCCCGGACGCGCUGGAUCUGAUGGCAUCGAUCGAUCCCGAGGCACGCGCAGACUUCCCGGACGCGCUGGAUCUGAUGGCAUCGAUCGACCCUGAGGCAUGCGCAGACUUCCCGGACGCGCUGGAUCUGAUAGCAUCGAUUGACCCCGAGGCAUUCGCAGACUUCCCGGACGCGCUGGAUCUGAUGGCAUCGAUCGAUCCCGAGGCACGCGCAGACUUCCCGGACAUGCUUGAUAUGAUGCCACCGAUAAGUUGUGCAGCAAGCUUGGACUUAGCACUCACAGAUAUACCCGACACUUCGAGGUUUAUGGCGCAAGAUGAGGGCGACUAUCACAGAAAUGAUGGAUAUUUUACUGGCGGGCUUAUAUAUACAUAA